AUGUCCAACUACUCCGAAAUGGACUUGCCGGCAUUGAUCAUCAAUCUAAUUGAUCUGAUGAACCAAUCGGACGCUGCCGGCAACGAGAGCGGUCAAUUGGCCAAUCGGUUAAAAAUAUCGGACAUUCUCGUUUUCGUUCGCGACAAAUUGCCAAACGCAACGGAAGCAAUGAUCUACCGUCUGAAUAUACCACAGAUUUUGAUGAAAUUGGAUGGCAACACUUUUCCGAUUCUUCAAUGCUUCAAGACGAUCGCUGAAAAGAGCAAGAAUGGUGGCGAUGAGCCGGUUCCGAUCGAGCACAAGAGAGACGUUCUGCUGGGCAUGUUCGUCGCCGGCGUCGAGACGACAACUCGCCAUCAUCUCCACGAGCUUCGACCGCACGUUUGCAAGGCCUUCGUCGAGUUUCUCAGUGUUUUUCUCGAGGAGCACAUCUCGAUUAUUGGGGAGGUCUACAAGACGAAUACGCGUCUCAAAAUGGCUACCGACAACGCGCUACGAAUUCUCGGCGAUGUUCUACGACAUCGCGUACCAGAAGCGCGAAUCGACGAGAUCGCAUUCGCGUUUUGGCGCGACUUCCUCCAACGAAUGGAUUUUUCCGAUUGGAAGCGCGAGCUUUUCAAAGAGCAUGUGAUGUACGUGAAAGGGCAGCUCGACAAAAUUUACGAAUUGCUUCCGAAUCCCAAAAAACGAGAUGAUCCGAUCGUCAUCAGAUGUCAAGUUUUGCUCGAUUUCAUUGCGAAGCAUUACGCGAAUCCCGACGAGCAACGGCAUCGAAACAAAGUCAAGAAGGAAGUUGACACGGAGCGGGUCGAUCCGGUUGAGAGCACCAACAUCAGCAGCUCCGACCAGCCUCCGAUUCCACAACAAUAUCCGAUGAUGCUUCCAGAGAGACAAGAGCCGAUUCAGCAGUAUAAUUUCGAGCAACACAUGAACAUUCAGAACCAGCUCAAUUAUUACCAACCGCAGAAUCCUUUCAACCCUUGGACGACUACAUAUCUAAGCCCAAUGCAAAACAAUUUCCAGCUCUUUGCCAAUCAGUUCGGCUACCAGCAGCAAUGGUUUCCAUUCUACCCAAAUCCUUCCCCGGCAUUCCGUGAUCGAUUUGAUUCGCCGAUUCCAGGAGGUGAUCGCCGACUUGCAGAUCUCAUGUCGACGAGAGCCUCACAAGCCGCGCACACCAAUCGACUCCCAUCGAAUACGACAUCCCCUUCCACGCGCAUCGAAUCAUCGUUGAGCACGGUCGCCUCAUCGCCAGGCCAAUUGCGAGGCGAUUCGUCGGCUGCCGUUGAUUCGCAAGAAUCGCAAUUCGUCCACAUUUUGUAUAGAGAAGAUCCAAGAAAUUCCAAUAACAGGGGGGUCGCUCGAAAGCGGAAUAGUUACACUGAUGUCGAGGAAGCGUUGAUGGCGAUGUACAUCUACACCUUGUACCUUGAAUCGGAUAAGACCAAUUUGAGACGCUUCAAAGGCGCCGGCGUUUGGAAAGAGUUCGUCAAGAAGCACUUCAAACCACGCACACCGGCCGCAUUGAGUAUGCAAUUUGCCAAAAUGCUGACUCGAAUUGAAACGAUUAUGGUGGAAUAUCAUGUUCACGAUUUUCUCAGACUCCUCAAAAACGAAUACAAGUGA